AUGAAGUUGGCCAAUAUAUCUCGGGUUUCAAACUCGAUCUGCCGAAAGGUGGUGCAGCACGAUUUCUACGAUACGGCGGAGCAGGUGGCGGCCGUUGUGCUCCUCAACAGCCCCUCCAAUGGUCCGCAGGAGUACGAGGAGUACUUGCGUCUUCUCCUGAGGAAGCGACUCGCGCCAGAGUCACAAGGGCCAUCGUCUUCCAGUCAUUGCUACUUUGUGUGUGCGGACGGGGCGUAUCCACGGCUCCAAGCAUACGUUGAUGAGCAGCAUAAGCAUCGACUACACCUGCGCCCCCUCAUAUCUUUUCCACUCUGUGAUGCCGUCAUUGGCGACAUGGAUUCGUAUGCGUCCAGCAGCGGUAAGGCUGGCAUCAAGUGGCCUCUUUCUUCCUCCUAUGAUGCGUACGCCACAGUGGAUGACAUUCCCACCGAUGUGCUGAGCGUUGUUCACGAAAGAAGCCGCAUCGCUGUUGCGCAGUUCCACACACCGAGUGAGGGCGUGAAUGCGUCACCACGGACGAGCCAGGAGAAAGUGUUUGAAAAGCGCAGCGCUCAGCUGUCACUCUCUCCUCUUCAUUUGCAUGUACGAUGCCAAAUGACAACUGACUUCAUGAAGGCUCUGCUCCUUUUGGGACGACUGCGGAAACAAUAUCCUGACACUGCCGUUGUCGUUCCGCCACCUGUCUUGCGCUCCCCAAGCGGCAUGCAGCUUCUCUCCACAGGUGGAAGUCUUCUCCCAAAUGCCAGCAGCGUGGGCUCCGAUCUUGACGAUGAUCGUGAACGCAAAAUAUGUGAAGAGGCCAGUGGUGUGGAGGCACUGUCACUACCUACUUACCUUGCUAUUGGCGGUCUUGGAGGCCGUUUCGACCAUGAUAUGGCUGCUAUAUCCGUUAUGUUGUCUUUUCAGAAAGACGCACACGUUGUGUUAACAGACUCAACCAAUACAAUAUUUGCCUGCCAGCCAGAUGGUUGGACGCAAGUGGUGCGGCAACCACAUCAUGAAGGUGUGAUGUGCAGUUUUAUUAACUUUGGAAGGAUGAAAGAGUGUGAGACAAGUGGACUCCUGUGGAACGUUGUUAAUGGGCGUAGGAAGCCGAGCGAAACACGGGACCUGGUGCUGGGCUUUGGAGAACUGAUUUCUGCGUGUAAUGUGUUCCGCCGGGAGGUCGCCACGAUCGAUCUCCGCCGUCUCUACCCGAAAAAGGGAAGACAGGCCCCAGCAAAGACAGAGCCGAAAACCGACAAAUGUGACGACGAGGAGGAGGAGGAGGAGGAGGAGGAGGACUGCAACCCGCCGACAAUCUUCACUAUUGAAAGACAGUGCGGGAAACACGGCUAG